UCAUCCUGAUGAUAAUAAUCUCACGUGUAGCUGAUCAAUCCAUGAAGUUAACGAUCACUUAUUAAGUUUUCGUGAAUAUUUGCUACGUGAUGAAGUGGAAACCCGAGGCAGCAGGCUGAGCUCGAGCUGCCACCGGAAGUGCCACAGUUUGCGCUGCUGCUACCAAACUUCCCCCCCGGAGCCAGUGGGUGUGGGUCGAAGCUAACGUGGCUAACGAAAACAGCACUUGACACGAGGCGGAGAUUCGGAGCGAGCCGGCGGUCUGAAGGCACCGUGUCGGGACCUCGUCUGGUCCCGCUGCCACGUAACAUCUUCCGUUAAUCGGCUGAAGCAGGGAGACUCACUCGCCCGCCGCGCCGCUGCUCCGCGGAACCUUUGUUCGGAGCACUUUCUGGAGCUAAGAAGAAGUCCACCAUGGCAGAUGAUGAUUUCACUAGUGGAGAUGCUGGGGCCUCCUCAACUUAUCCCCAGCAGUGCUCUGCCUUGAGGAAGAACGGCUUUGUCAUGCUGAAGAGUCGUCCCUGCAAGAUCGUCGAAAUGUCUACCUCCAAAACUGGCAAGCACGGACACGCCAAGGUUCACCUUACUGGGCUUGACAUCUUCACACAGAAGAAGUAUGAAGAUAUCUGCCCAUCUACCCAUAACAUGAAUGUCCCCAAUGUGACAAGGAAAGACUAUCAGGUACUUGGUGUCUCAGACGGCUUCUUAUCCCUCAUGACCGACAGUGGGAACGUGAGAGAUGACCUUAAAAUGCCAGAAGGGGAUCUCAGCAAGGAAAUUGAGAGCAAAAUUGAUAAUGACGAAGUCUUCGUGGUUUCUGUCCUGAGUGCUCUCGGCGAAGAGCAAGUAGUUGCCGUUAAGACCAUGACCACUUGAGAAGAGGACGCCGCUGCAGACCUCACGUUCCUGUCCUCCAUCAUGGUUCUGAAGCCUCACCAAAGCUCCAGGCCUUCCCCCCACACCCUACCCUGUUUCUCCGCUGAAGUUCAGAGGUCGAGCUCGGCCGGCCUCAAUUGUAACUUAAUUGUCUGACAGGCGUUGUCCUCAAUCAAUGAAGUUAUCCAUCUGCAUCCAUCACAGUAUCAUUUUGCAAAGGGAAUGAUUUUUUUGUUGUUGUUGAUGUUGUUUUUUGGGGUGCUGUUCUUGGAACAACCCAUCAGUAUUCCAGCAAAUUCAUACCAUUCCUGUCAGUUUAGGGGGUUGUCUUUUUUUUUUUAUUCCUUCUACUCUGCAUUGCAUUUAUAUUCACUUACUGUCUUUCUGGAACAUGAAACGUGGCUGUUUUCGGUGGGAUGCUGAACCCAACUCGAAAUCUCUCUCCAAUCUUAACUCAUCGCCAUCAUUCCACGUCCAGCAGGCUCCAUGUCUGUUUUGUACCCAGCUCAGAAAAUUCAAAAAACACACCUGCAACGAUCGUCGCAUCUUCACUUUCACUGGCCACAACAUUAGGUACACCGUUGGACUUUUUUUUUGUUUUUUGUUUUUUUAACUUAAGAGCUGCCUUCAUUCAUAGUAGCAUUGAUCUCGAAAGGUGCUGGAAACAUUGAUCCGACGUUUAGUUCCAUGCGGUCGUGAUGACGUCCCACAGAUUUAUCAGCUCCACAUCCGCGAUGCAAAGGUGACGUUUUAUGGUGAAAUCCAUGUUUAGUGCGUUUUUGUUGACAUUCAAACAUCAUUCAGUUGGUACUAAAGGGCCCAGAGGUCCACCACCAACCUAAAUGGGUGAAUCCCUGUUUUUGUGGACACAUCCUAAGUGUCUUAAUCUAAUUCCUUCUGUCUUUAUGUCUAAAAACAUCCAUUGAUUAUAAUCAUUUUGCAAACGUAAGAGUUAAAGAGGUGUACGUAACUUUGUGGCCAGUGGCUCUCUGUAUCCAUAUGCACACUUAAAUUGGCUUGAAUGCACACUUUAGCAGCUAUGAAUGAAUGUAAAUACAAACAUUAUAUUGACUGCAUAUAAGUGCAGAUCUCACUGCAAGCUCUAUACUAUAUAUAAAUAUAGCCAGGCCUUCAAAAUUGGUCUUUUCCAGCAGGAAUCUCUACUUUCUGUAGUCAUGAAGCCAAACAGGCCUGAACAGGGACGGUUGGGUGAGGAUUUUUUUUUUUUUGUUCUCUCUCUCUCCUCCUCCUUUGCUCGGACAGUUCUUUCACUCGAGGCCUUUACAAGCUGACAGAUGUAUAGGAAAUUACUUUGAACGAACAAAACACUAUAACUCAUUAAAAUAAGAAUCUGGUCAAGCAGUAUAAUCACAACAAACUUCGAUCACUUUUGGAAUUCCUGGCCCAAAAUAAUUUAGAGAAAGAAGAAACCACUUAUUGGCUCGUGUCACGUAGCCAAAUCAAAGUGGCGGUUUCACUGUGAGGAAUCGAACACAGCGAGUGUUUACGGAUGAGCUUAGUUUUCGGUGGGAGGUGAGUAGUGGAAAAUUAAAUUUGUGGGUGGUAGGUUUAUUAGCCGUCUGAAUAUUUAAGGGUGGAGUUCAGACUCAAAGGGCUAGCAGCUGGUGGUUUUUGUUUGUGGAAACAAUGCGUUACUCUUUACAUACACGCUCGCAUAAUCUGUUGCGAGACGUGAGUUGAUGGCAGGAGAUUGCAGUGCGUUCUCCAGCCCUGCUGGAGAACUUGCAAUGUAAACACGGCCAGGUAGAUUUUUUUCUUUUUGUUUUUUUCCCUACCUCUUAUUGUAAAAUUAAAGCUGAAUAGCAUGUUCUAAAUCUAUUAGCAAUAUAUAUUUGAAACACUGUAAAGUGAGGUUUUUCUUUGUCGUUUUCUCUCGCUCUCUCUUAUUGGACCUUUUCAACCGCGUCUCGACGCCAGUCUGUCAAGACUGGAUGCGUUAGGAAGUAUUACAACAACCUCUUAUGUAGCUGUGGUAAAUUACUGUUUCAGAGUUGUCUUACAACAAGUUCUUCCUUUUUUGAGAUUCAUUUCUGCUACAAAGAGCAUAAGUAUGCAAUACAGCCAGGUCACAGACCCGUGCUUUUCUCAACACGCUCAGUCUCAGCUUGGAAUAUCUCUCUCUUCAGUAGUUGAAAUCUAACCGUUCGUCAUGCCACUUAAGGUAUUUAUGAUGUUAAAUGUUUGAAGUAAUUCAGUUUUGUGCACACAGAUUGUAAGACUGACAUUGGAAGGUAGUCUCUUUAGCUUUAACAGCAGCCAUUGUAUAAUAUUUAUUUCCCCAGAUUCCAGUCUGAAGGUGUUUUUUUGUUAUUGUUUUGCCUCAAUGAGAACACCAUCGUCGUCCAUUGAGUAUUAUUCACUCAUCAUUCUCAUUAACUGCGGGGGUGACAUUUAACUACUCUCCCUCUUCCGGUACUCAGAUAGCAGCACUCCGAGCUGGACGCCAUGCAGGUGUUGUUGGAACGCCACUGUUCCGUCUUAUGUCGGGAAUUCCUUUCUUCGAUUGGGCAGAUUAAAAAGAGCCCACUAACAAAGAAUUGCUCUAAAAGCGGCAGCAUGUCACAAAGCUUUCGUUGCGUUGUCGUGUGCAUGCAUCAUUCCUUCCGCUUCCAUUUAACACUCAUUUUAUUCUCGGGAGCAAUAAGCCAAAGAAUGUGUUGAAGAAAAGCUAUUUUGGAAAAAAAACAAAGUUAAAGCAGUACUCCUUCAAGCCAUAUCGGUUCCCCGUUCAGUGCGUCACGAUCGACUUUGUUGUCAUUCCUUGUUCCAUUUGAAUGUUUUUGAGCGACUCUGGCCUCCAAUAUGUAGCACUAAUUAGCUCCACGUCAAACCUCUAGAGACGUCUCUCACCUGGAGACGGAAGGGAUCUCUAAUUCCAUUUGAGAAAAUGUUUACACUGUAAGGGAGACGGCCCUGCCCUUGUUACCCAAAAAGAAAAAGAAAAGAAAAAAGACUGGUCAAUGUGGUGGGGGCAGUUUUUCUCAGGGCGCUAAACUGAGUGUUAGAUGUGUUACUUUGUGUCAUCAGUAAUGAUUCAGAUCACAAGCAUGUUUUAUUAAUCCAUUGUUCUCGAACCUAAACUAUACCGGUGUUGGAAUAUGUUAUAUUCUGAGAUUUUUUUUUUCUUUUCUGAUUUCUGACAAGUCUCAGAAAAAAAAAGAGCUUGUAGUUUUUUCUUUUUUCUUUUUAAAUUGGGAUGGUUUCAUUUGUCUUAAAGGUGGUUUCUUUGUGUGUUUGGAGCGCAGGAAUCAACGUAGGAAAUGGGUUAAUCUCAGUGUACCGUAUGUCCCUGUGUGUGCUGGAAAGUGGUUUGAGGGCAUUUUCCAGCUUUGCUCCGUCACUGUGUCCAGAGGGAAAUCCUCUGCAGCAUAUAACUUCAUGGGCUUCUUUGUUUUCUUACUCUAAUGUAUGGCUGCUGUCUUGAGAGAAAAACAAAACAAAACAGAAAACUGAUUUAAUUCUUGUUUUUGUUGUAUUUACAAAAUAAAGAUUAUUCAGAUGUUACUGGCUACAAGAAAAUGCAACAGCUGUUCUCUUGUUUUCAAACUGGCAAACACUUCAUUGUAAGUCAUUACAAUAAAGUAUUUUGUCUUCGUUGUCCA